AUGUCGACCGUCACGGUGACAGCGCUUCAGAGCGCCUCUCCUCCGAUUAUUCCGCUCUCCUUCAACUCGAACCAACCUACUACGAUACGAUUGUAUCCUCUCUCAAACUACACAUUCGGGGUGAAGGAGACGCAGCCGGAGGAGGACCCCUCAGUCAUUGCCCGCUUGAAGCGACUCGAAGAACAUUACAAUGCCCAUGGUAUGCGCCGAACCUGCGAAGGUAUCCUUGUGUGCCACGAGCACAACCACCCACACAUCCUCAUGUUGCAAAUUGCAAACGCAUUUUUCAAGCUCCCCGGCGAUUACCUGCGACCAGAGGAUGACGAAAUCGAUGGAUUCAAGGCACGUCUAGAUGAACGGUUGGCGCCAGUGGGCAAGCUGGGCGAGGGCGAGGAACCUGGCAACUGGCAAGUUGGAGAUUGUGUUGCGCAGUGGUGGCGCCCUAACUUCGAGACGUUCAUGUACCCGUUCAUCCCAGCCCACGUAACGCGGCCGAAGGAAUGCAAAAAACUUUAUUUCAUCCAAUUACCCGAGAGCAAAGUACUCAGUGUACCCAAGAACAUGAAGUUACUCGCAGUUCCCCUGUUCGAACUUUACGACAACACCGCCCGAUACGGCCCCCAACUCUCCGCCAUCCCGCAUCUCCUGAGCCGGUACAACUUCGAGUUUGUUAAUGAAAGCGGUGAAGUUGUUGCUGCGACCCCUGGAUCGGGACCUGAGGGCUUCAACUUGAAGACUCGAGUCCUCGCGGGAGGCGACGAGAUUAUGAAUGACUUUAAGGAGGGAAACGGCAUCUCGUAG